UUUUUCUCAGGCGGCGCCGCGGGCAGCCCGCAGGCCCUUGUAAGACGCGCGCCGCGGCCCCGCCCCCUUCCUUUCGGCCGGAGCCGCCAUCUUCCAGUAAUUGGCCAAGAUGACGAACACAAAGGGAAAGAGGAGAGGCACCCGCUACAUGUUCUCCAGGCCCUUCAGGAAGCAUGGAGUCGUUCCUUUGGCCACAUACAUGCGCAUUUACAAGAAAGGUGACAUUGUAGACAUCAAGGGAAUGGGUACUGUUCAAAAAGGAAUGCCCCAUAAAUGUUACCAUGGCAAAACUGGAAGAGUCUACAAUGUGACCCAGCAUGCUGUUGGCAUAGUUGUAAACAAGCAAGUCAAGGGCAAGAUUCUUGCGAAGAGGAUCAAUGUGCGCAUCGAGCACAUCAAACACUCCAAGAGCCGGGAUAGCUUCCUGAAGCGGGUGAAGGAGAAUGAUCAGAAGAAGAAAGAAGCCAAAGAGAAAGGCACGUGGGUGCAGCUGAAGCGCCAGCCCGCCCCACCCAGGGAGGCUCACUUCGUGAGAACCAACGGGAAGGAACCCGAGCUGCUAGAGCCCAUUCCCUACGAAUUCAUGGCAUAACAAAUGAAAGCAAAAUAAAAGACCUCUAGACUCUUA